CUUGAAACUGGAAAUUUCUCGAAAAUGCAACAAUGGCCAUGAAACCAGCCGCAUUGUGUGGUGGCCGUAAUGGAGAAGAGUAAGAUAUCAAUGAUCAAUUCAUCAUCUCUUCCAUCGUGAGAUCACUUUUCCUCGGACGCACCAUUCUGUUCUUUCGCUCCACUCGCCUCACGGGGCUCUUUUGAUCCAGCCAAUUGAGCAAUCAUCCUUCCAUAUUUCUUUUCCAUUACUUGGCGGCCCAGGUCCCAUAAUUUAAGUCUAUUCAACGAUGGCUGGUGUUGUGGAUAAAAAGCUGUCGCUCCUCUCACAGAGUAGCGAGGAUUUUUCUCGAGACCGCCAAAGUCUGCUUCUCAGCGAGCUCGAGUUACUACUGGACUUGAGGCCAAGUGCACUACGAUCUAAUCUUUUGGUCCUCCCAAGGGAGCUCCGCGAAGUUAUUCUGGGACAUGUUCUCCCAGAAUUGCCCGAAGGUGCCAGGCCAGAAUUACACACGUGUCUCUGGAGUGCAGAUAUGCAGCUUCAUGACGCCUGGAGACAUGAUAUAUUCGGCUAUGACACCUCCGUACCUAUGGAAUACCGGAUUCAUCCUAGUUUGCUAUCGAUAAAUAAGCAACUGCAUGAUGAGUUGCUCAUGUUAUAUUUCCAGCGGAGUAGGCUCACUCUUCAUGCGGAGCUUCGUAAUUCGAAAGACGACAUCUGGCAUUUCGAAUCCUCUCCGCAUAUCUUACAGCUACCUAUGCUCAAGCACGUCACGCACGUACAGUUCUACGUGGAAUGGAACUAUAUUGUUCAUAGAGCGGUCGAUCCCAUCCAAGAUCAGAUCCGAAUGAUAAACAACCUGGUGCAAGCCAUGGACAAACUCCUGUCUCCGAUUCAAGCCGUCCAAACGAUUGAACUAUCCAUCCUUUGCUUUUGGAGAUGGAGCUCGUCGAAAUACUACUCUCUCUCCAUGCAAAACCUCUUCGACCUUGAAGACGUUUUCAAACGGCACGGGGAGAGUAGAUGGACGCAGAUAUUACGGACGAGUACCGAAUCCCCAAACCCUUCAGCGGGCGUCGGCUACCGACUAAGCUCGGAAAACAAAGUAACGGAGCAAAGUGGCGGAAUACAUGUGUAUAUAUCACAAGAUCUUGAAAACGCUAUGCGGCCUUCACGAAAGAGCACUGUCGACUUUUAUGGAAAUUACGAGAUCGGGGAUCCUCUCCCACAGCCCGCUUAUCGACAUGGUGCAAUGUUCUAGUUAUGAACAGGGUAUGGUUGAGGGAAGUUACUAGAUCAUGAAUGCACUGCAUGGAGUUUACGGAAGAGUAUCUGCUGCUCUGCAUGCCUUGCAUUGUAUUCUGCACAUCCAUCUGGACCGUUGGUUUGGUAAUGUACAUACAAGUAGAAG